AUGAGUGAAAAUCAAUAAGAUGAUCAAAUUAGCCCUUUGGAUUUCGGAAAAUACCAUACAGAACCAUAGAGAGAUCAUCGAGAGAUAAAAUAUAUGCCAACAAAACUUAGUGAGCCAAGAGGGAGUCAAUAGUAUCCCUAACAUGUUGGUGUUGUUAUAGAAGAUGAUACAACCUCAAAUAAUGAUUCUAAGUGGUAUGCUAAGAAUAAUCAAUAUAAAUUGCUUAUUGGAAAUGAGAGAACUGGCUUUGUUAAAAAAGUAAAAAAUUUUAAAUUAAUAGGUCUAUUCAAUUAUGAUAAUUUAAUUGCUUAUAACUAUGAUAAUGUGUGUAAUAUCAUAUUUCUCAAUUGAUUAUAGAAUGUUCUAGUUAUAGCACAGUGGUUAUGCAUAUUUGGCUUUAGGAAUUGCAAUCUUCAUAGAAUUAUUACUGUUUUGCAUACCUAAAUUUGCUUGGAGAGUACCCUAUAAUUAUAUUCUUUUGAUGAUCUUCACUAUUUGUGAAGGGUAUAUGAUUUCUAAUUUAUGCAGUUAUGUAUUUGACAAAUAUAGUUAAAAUGGUGGUAAACUGAUUUUCUUUAUUUAAGGUUAUAUUGUAUUGAUGGCUGCCAGUUUAUCUUUAGCAGCAGUAUUAGGAUUAACUUUUUAUGCUUGCAAGACAAAAUCUGAUUUUACAACAAAAGGAGCUUUACUGUUUAUGUGUACUACUUCUUUAUUGUUGUUUGGGAUAAUGGCAGGAGUAUAUUACUAAAAUGUAAUUAAUCUUCUCUACUCAUUGAUAUGUAGUCUCCUUUUUGGAGCCUAUUUAAUUUAUGAUACACAAUUAAUUUUAGGUGGAAGUGUAAUAUAUAAAUAUCAUUAUAUAGACACAUAAAUUAUCUAUUGAUGAUUAUAUAAUAGGAUCUAUGAUUAUUUACAUUGAUAUUGUCUACUUAUUUGCACACAUUUUAAUUGUAUUGAUAGCAUGUCUUAGAUGA